UCUUCAGCCCCAAGAGAGAAGAAACAAUUUAGGAAAGAGAACAAUGUUUCGGACACGGCUGGUUUAUUUGUUACUAGUACUUCUACCAUAUGUAUCGCAAGCAGGAAUUCUUUUUGAGUUAGUGAAGAUGAAACAAGAGAACGACUCCAAGUGUCAAACGACGGGAGAGAAAUGCAGUCUGUACCGCGGCUGUUGCGACAUUCUCCGCUGUAUCGUCAACAGCGGUAGCGCACCCUACUGUGCGUCUCUUAGUGGCGCC